AUGUCCCGCCGUGGGUGCGCGCGCCGGCCGGCUCGCCCCCACUCUCUCCCCCUCCUCGCCAUCCUCCACCGCUCCCCUGCUGGGAUCUGCCUUGGCCGCAAGGGAUGCACACACAAAUGUCCAACCAGCAAAACGAAGCACCUUCCACUUGUUUUUAUCGUGUUUUUCUUUUUCUUUUUGGGUUUUUGGGUUCUGCAUUGGGGGGAAGGAUCAACAAUGGCCAAGUCGAAGAACCACACGAACCACAACCAGUCGCGGAAGAACCACCGCAAUGGCAUUAAGCGCCCGCUGCCGAUGCACCUGAACAAGUCGAAGCGCGGCGGCUGGCUUCCGGCCCUCGUGAACGCCCGCCGUGUGCGCAAGUUCAACCAGAAGGCGGCUCUGAAGGCCCGUCGUGAGCGCCUUGCCGCCCACCAGGCCAAGCUGAAGUAA